AACUCCAUCUCAAAAAAAAAAAAAAAAAAAUCUUUUGAAUUGUCUCUAGGUACAAAGGUACAGGAUAGGACAUCUUUAGGGUUAAAAACCUCAUGGUUACAAGAUAGAAAAUUAUUUAUGUUGACACCAGGGAUGAAGGUGUGAAAUCUAUAGAAUUCAAUCCAGGGGCAAAGUUGCAAGAUAUGAAAUCUCUGUUGAUAAAGCUUCGGACAGUGAACUCUACAGAGGGCAACCAUGACCCAGAAUUGCAGGUUGCAGAACUCUAAGUUGGCCUUGGAAACAAAGAUUCACAGUGUGGCACCUUCUGAGUUCAAUACUGAAAAGCAGCAGCCAGAUGAGAAAUCACAUAAAUUGAAUCCAUGGCCAGACCUUCAAAGUGUUAAAUUUACGGUGUUCGAUCCUGGGCCGCAUUUGCAACAUAGAAAACCUUCAGAAUUAUGUUCAGGGACAAAACUUCAAGAUGUAAAAUGUAUGAAAUUCAAUCUUCAGAAACAGUUGUAAGGUGUGAAAUCUGAGUUGCACUUUGGAACAAGGCUUCAAGAUAUACAAUCUUUAGAUUUGAACCCUGGGCCUGAGCUUCAAGGUAUGAAAUGUAAGGUGUUCUGCCUUGGACCACACUUGCAAGAUGUGAAUUCUUGCAAAUCUGCCAAGUUUAAUCCUCGACCUGAGCUUCACGAUAUGAAAUCUAAAGUGUUCUGCCUUAGACCACAUUUGCAAGAUGUGAAUUCUUCUGCAUCCGUUCCAGAGCCACCACCUCAGUGUGCAAAUUCUAUUGGGUGCAACCAUGGGCCAUCUUUGCAAGGUGUAAAUUCUUCUGCGUCUAUUCCAGGCCCUAAACUUCAGUGUAUAAGCUCUAAUGGGUUCAACUCUGGGUCAAACUUGCAAGAUAUGAAUUCUUCUGCAUCCAUUCCAGAGCCAACACUUCAGUGUAUAAAUUCUAUUGAGUAUAAUUCUAGGCCAGAUCCACAAAGUGUGAAUUCUUCUGGAUCCAAUCUAGGGUCCAAACUUCAGUGUGUUAAUCCCAAUGGGUGCAACCCUGGGUCAAAUUUGCAAGGUGUGAAUUCUUCUGUAUCCACUCCAGAGCCACGACUUCUCUGUGUAAAUUUUAUUGGGUGCAUUCCUGGGCUGCAUUUGCAAGGUGUAAAUUUCUCUGCACCCAUUCCAAGGCCAAAACUUCAGUGUGCAAAUUCUCUUGGGUGCAGCCCAGGGCCACAUUUGCAAGGUGUGAAUUCUGCAUUCAUACCACAGCCACAAGCUCAGUGUGUAAAUUCUACUGGGUGCAACACAGAACCAUAUUUACAAGGUAUGAAAUCUCCUGAAUUAACUCCAGUUUCAAAACUUCAAGGUAUGAAGUGUUCUGAAUUGAACACAGGGACAGAAAUUCAAAGUGAGGCAUCUAUGAUGUUCAACCCUAAACCACAUUUGUAAGAUUUAAAAUCUGAUUUGACUCCAGGGUCAAAGUUUCUACGUGUAGCACCUGUGGAAUGCAACUCUGGGCCACAGGUGCAGUGUGUGGGUUCUUCUGAGUUGAAUCCAGGGCUAAAGUUACAAUGUGUAAACUCUAUGGAGUGCAAACUUGAGCCACACUUGCAAGGUGUAAAAUCAGUGUCAAAAUUUCAAGUUAUGAAAUCUGAGUUGCAUCCAGGGCCAGAGCUUCAAAGUAUAAAAUCUGUUGUGUUCAGCUCUGUGCAAUUUACAAGAUGCAAAAUGUGAAUUGAUUUCAGGGACAAAGUUUCAAGAUAUAACACCAAAAGAGUUCAACUCUGGCCCACAGCUGCAAGGUAUCAAUUCUUCUGAGUUCAAUUCAGUGUCAAAAUUUCAAUGCAUAAAUUCUAUCAACUUGAAUCCACGGCCACAGAUAGGAGACAUGAAGCCCUGUGAAUUGAAUCCUGGGUCAGAAUAUCAAGGCACAAAAUCUGUUCUGUUCAAUCCCAGACCACACUUGCAAGGUGUGAAAUCUUCUGAGUUAGCUCCAGGGACUAAGUUUCAAGGAGUCCAAUUUUGGGGGAAGCACCUUGGCUCACAGCAAGCUGUGCAACCUGCAUUCACUUUGGGUCCUUAGAUAAACAGUACGAAAUCUGAGGUAUUUUUUACCAGAGCCACUGCUUAAAGAUGUAAAGUCUGUGGACAUAAAUAAGAAGCCAUUGCUUUAUGAUGCAAAUACUGCAAAAAUGAUUUCAGCCUCUGAGCUACUGGACUUAAAAUAUGAGGUAUUUACACGAGAGCCAUGUUUUCAAAAAGCAAAAUCUGUGGAGUUAAAACCAGAACCAUAUCCUCAAAGUGUGAAUUCUGAGGAGUUGCAUUCACACCUCAGGCAGCAUAGUGUGAGAUCUAAGCUAUUUGUAUCAGAGCCACGUUCUCAAGAGGUGAAAUCUGUGAAGUCAACUCUAUGGCCACAACCUCAAAGUGUAAAUUCUUUGAUAUCAUGCUUUAGGUCAUGCUCUGUGGCCUUUGCACUGAAGCCAUGUUUUCAAUAUAUAAAACCUAUGGAGCUGACACCAGGGGCCCAACAGUAAGGUAUAAAUUAUCAGGAGUUGACUUCAGGAUGGCAAGAUGUGAAAUCAAUGGUGUUGGCACCAGAGCCAACUAGGAAGUUCUCAUCAGGACCAAUGUUGACCAGUGUCAGAUUUUCAAAUUUGUCUCCAGAAUCACAGCAACAAGGUGUGAAAUCUUUGGAAUUUACUCUAGAGCCAAAGUUGCAAAGUGUAAAACAUGUGAAAUUGUCUUCAGUGUCUCUGCAGCAA